AUUGUUACAUCACUAAUUUAGUAUCAUUCGUUCAUGUCAUUACCCCGUCACUAUGGUCUGAGGUCAACGACCACUGUCAUUCUUACGUGUGUCGAGUGCAGUCGCACCUACUUAUAUAUUAAAUAAUCAAUAUUGUAAAAUAAUGUAAAAUACAAGUCAUCUCACAUCAAGUCGUUUAAUUUAAUAAACACAACAAUAAUACAUGGUGUCAGAAGUGGGAUUAACAACGAAAUAAAGAAGAUUCGUUUGUUAACGAAAAAUUAAAAAAAAACAAAAUGUCUACCGAAGACGUCGGCGACACGAGGUGCCGUGUGGCCGGUCUGGAGUGUCUUAAGUUGUCGUCGGAGGCAACCGCGAACAACGCGGAGGCGUGGAGGAAAUGGUGGCAGCGACUGGAGCUGUAUAUGCUGGCAUCAGGUCUAGACAGGUCGGAGGAGAAGCGGAAGGUGGCCAUUCUGCUUCACAGUAUUGGCCCUAAAGGUCUCGAAAUCUUCAAUACCUUUAACAUCAGCCUGGAUGAAGCCAAAAUAGAGGACGUCAAGGAGAAAUUCGACCUGUACUUUGAGCCACGGAAAAAUCUUACCAUGUGCAGGUACAUGUUUUUUACAAGGAGGCAAGCUCAAUCCGAGAGCAUCGACGAUUUCAUCACCGAUCUGGAGAUAAAGAGCCAGGAUUGUGAGUUUGGAACCCUGCGCGAAUCCAUGAUCCGGGAUAUUUUCAUCGCCAACCUGCACAUGGAUCUGUCACACAUCCGUCAAAGGCUGUUGCAAGAGCCCAACCUCACAUAUGAGAGGAUGCGAGAGUUGGCGAAAACCCUAAUUGUCGCACAGCAGGAUGCAGACAAGAUGAUAAACAAGUCCAUCGUCGAAGACGGCGAGAAGGUGAUGCAACUGCGUCAAAGGAGCGGCGGUCGACGAGUCUGUCGACAGCGUGCUUCAAGUCAAACGCCACAUCGGGCCACGUGGAAGUCUCCCAGUCCGAUGAGGCAGUCAGCAUCAACGUGUGGUCGCUGUGGGCAGUCUCAUCGAACGAAGUGCCCAGCGAUCGGAGUACAAUGCAGGUCAUGUAACUCAUUUGGUCAUUAUGCUAAGUUUUGCUAUAAGAAUAAACAAGUCAGACAGUUGUAUUCGUUUACUUCCAAGUCAAUACAAAAUGAUAAUUAUUUUGUAGGAAUUUUAAACAGUCAGUCGAGUCAUAAUCAUCUUAGUCAUUUACAUAAACAGUCAUACAGUCAGCCACAAAAACAGUCAAAAAGUCAGUCAUAUAGUCAAGCACCAGUCAAAUUGCACUCACACACCAGUCAUACAAGUCAAAUAUGUCAUAAUAAAAACAGUCUUACAAGUCAAAGUCUUAAUAAAAAUAGUCAUAUAAGUCAAAUAAGUCAAAAUAAGAAUAGUCAAAGUGCUCACUUUAAUGCGCAUCAUUAUCAUUGCUACACUAAUAAAAGUCCGUCCGUCAGUCGUAAGACAAUAAAUAACAAUAAAAACAGUCAUAGUCUAGGUCAAGGACAUGUUAACUAUAAUAAAUCCAAUAAGAACAGUCAGUCCGUCAAUAAGUCACAUAAUACACACUUCCAAAACAUUAAUCACCACAAGUACACUAAGAAGUCACAUCAUUGUCAGUCAAAUAAUCACAUAGUGCAUUCAAAUAUACCAAACGUAGCAUCUCAUCUAAAUAAUUUAAAUCAACAAAUUAGUCAUGUCAAGGGUAAUUCAGUUUCAGAAAAUCAUUAUUCAGGUAGUUCAUGGAAAAUAAACUUACAUGUGGGUAACCGAAAAAUAAAUUGUGUCAUAGACUCAGGCGCAGAUGUAAACGUCAUAUCUGUCAAAAACUUCAAAUUUCUUAAUCUGUCAAAGUCACAAAUUGAUCAAUGUCAUGUAAAUGUCACAGGAUUUGGUGGCAAUAACAUUCCAAUUCUAGGCAAAGUAAAUUUAAAAUGUAAUUUAAACAUAGAAAAUAGAAAUAUUUGUGAAAAUAUAGUGUUCAUUGUAGCAAAUAUACUCUGUCCAACUGUCUUAGGUCUUCCCACUUGCGAAAAAUUAGGGUCUUGGAUGUCUACCCCCAGUCUGUCAUCUGAAACUCAAGCCUGGUGCAGUUCCGUGUAUCGAUCCGCCAAGGAAAGUUCCGUUUGCGUUGCAAGGAAAACUGCGCGAGGAAUUGGAUCGCAUGGAGCAAAUGCAAGUCAUACAAAAAGUCACAAAACCAACUGAAUGGGUAAAUUCUGUGGUAGUCACUGUCAAAAGUUCAGGUCAAUUAAGAAUAUGCUUAGAUCCUAGAAACUUAAAUAAUUGUAUAAUGAGAGAACAUUAUCCGUUAAAGUCUAUAGAUGAGAUACGGUCACAG